AUGGACUUCGAGCCUCUUCGCGGCUCAUGCUCUUGCGGUCGAAACGAAUACCAAAUUAAUAUUCCAGAAGAUGUGAAAGAUCAUGCGCAAGUGUACUUCGACGGCAGCCGAGACAAUCGUCGCAUUCACGGCACACCUCUUUCAGCAUGGCUACGGGUGCCUCUCGGCUGGUAUCAAUCCCACACUCAGUCAUUCUUCCCAGAUGAAUCUCACACUUCCAUUCGCCGCAUUUUUUCGCCUCGCCAUGCACCCCAGACCCAGCGUGUCUUUUGUGGCUACUGCGGCACACCUUUGACGUUCUGGACGGAGGAUCCCAUCGAAGAAUCUAACUUUAUGUCUAUCACGAUUGGCAGUCUGCUAGCGGAUGACCAGCGCGCACUGGAUGAUUUAAAAUUACUGCCUCAAGACUCUGACGAGGAAACAUCCCGUGCUGGUGCCUCGACCUCAUCUGAUCUAGCACCAGCCUUCGAGACCGCUUCGUCUUCUGUCAUUGUUCCACCAUCUAAUGAUUCUCCGAAUAUCUCUAGGAGUCUGCAGCACGGUAGGACCGGGGGGAUCCCUUGGUUCGAAGAGAUGGUAGAAGGGAGCCGCUUGGGUCGUUUGAUGCGUUCUCGGCGUGGUAUGGGAGUCAGUGAUGAUCAAUCGACUUCGAUCCAAUGGGAAUUUAGCGAAUGGCAUGAUGACGGAACCAAUUCGUUUGUGCAGCAGGAUUCGGACUCCAGUGGACUUUCUAGGGGAAAGAGGAAGCGUGUGAACCAAAUUGAUGCUGAGAUUUGA